AUGGGCGACGACGCGCAGCUCGCGCAGCUGAGCUCAUGCCUGCAGCAGUCGCUCUCGCCCGACCCCUCGGUGCGCACGCAGGCGGAGCAGUUCCUGAAGGACGGCAGCGUCCAGCCCGGGUUCUCCAUGCUCCUCAUGCGCCUGCUCGCGUCCGAGGGCAGCGACGCCACCGUGCGACAGGGCGCCGCGGUUACCUUUAAGAACCUCGUGAAGAACAACUGGGUGGAGAAGGAGGCGGACGUCGUCGGCGCGCCCGCGCCUUACUCCGUCGCCGCCGGCGAGAAGGAUCAGGUGCGGGCGAUGCUCGUCGGCCUCAUGCUCGGCGCCCCUCGCUUGGUCCAGGCGCAGCUCUCCGAGGCGUUGUCCAUCAUCUCCGCGGCGGACUUCCCCGAGCGAUGGCCGGGUCUGCUGCCCGAGCUCAUCCAGCGCAUGGGCACCCCCGGCGCCAGGGACUUCAACGCCGUCGUCGGCGUGCUCACAACCGCGAGCACCAUCUUCAAGCGGUACAGGCAGGCGUACAAGAGCGACGAGCUGUACAAGGAGCUCAAGUACGUCCUGGACACCUUCGCGGGCCCGCUGCUCGAGCUGCUCAAAGAAGUGAGCGCGGCGAUCGACGCGAACGCCGCGAACCUGGAGCUGCUCGUCAACCUGUUCAAGUGCCUGAGGUUGAUCUGCCGCAUCUUCUUCUCGCUGAACAGCCAGGAGCUCCCGGAGGUUUUCGAGGACAACAUGGACGCGUGGAUGGGCGAGUUUCACAAGUUCCUGUGCUACGACAACCCCGCGCUGGCCGCGGUGGACAACAAGGACAGGGAGAAGGCUGGCGCGGUUGACCAGGUGAAAGCCGCCAUCUGCGACAACGUCAACCUAUACAUCGAGAAGAACGAGGAGGAGUUCCAGAGGUUCCUCCAGACGUUCGUGCAGGACGUCUGGACGCUGCUGACGAAAACAGGGUUGGAGCCCAACAAGGACCACCUGGUGACUUCCGGCGUCAGGUUCCUGACCACGGUUGCCAACAGCGUCCACCACCAGCUCUUCGCGGGGGGCGAUACCCUUCGACAGGUUUGCGAAUCCAUCGUCAUACCCAACCUGCAGUUCAGGGAGGACGACGAGGAGCUCUUCGAGUCCAACCACGUGGAGUACAUUCGACGGGACAUCGAGGGGAGCGACAGCGACACCCGCAGGAGGGGAGCGUGCGAGUUGGUCAAGGGCCUCACCGCGAAAUUCCCCGAGGUGAUGACGCAGUCCGUCAGCGGAUACGUCGCCGCUCUGCUGGGUCAGUACGCGGCGGACCCGAGCAACAGCUGGAAGGCGAAAGACGCCGCGGUGUACCUCGUCAUCUCCCUCGUGGUCAAAUCCAAGAGCGUCGUCAAGGGCGCCACCGAGACGAACGACCUCGUCAGCAUCACCGAUUUCUUCACGCAGCAAAUCGCCCCCGAGCUCGCGAGAGCCGCGUCGGGGGACGCCGCGGGCGGCACCGGCCGCCACGUGCUCUACGCCGACGCCCUCAAGUUCCUCACCAUCUUUCGGUCGCAGAUCCCCAAGUCCAUGGCGAUCCAGGCCCUGCCGGCUGUGGUGUCGCUGCUGGCUUCCCGUGAAAACGUGGUGCACACGUACGCCGCAAACGCGCUCGAGCGACUGCUCACUGUCCGAGACCUACCCCCCGCCGGUUCACCCCCCGGAGCCCGGUCCCAGCCCAGGUACGCGCCCGCCGAUAUCCAACCGGUGGCGCAGCAGAUGCUGCAGAACCUCUUCGGCGUUUUCGCGAUGCCGGACAGCUCCGAGAAUGAGUACGCGAUGAAGGCGACGAUGCGCUUGAUCUCGUUCAUGGGCGACGGGAUUAAACCGAUCGCGGGCGUGUGCCUCGAGCGCUUGAGCGGGAUGGUGAUGGAGACGUGCAAGAACCCGAGGAACCCGACGUUCUCCCACUACCUCUUCGAGUCCGUCGCGGCGCUCGUCAAGGCUGGCGCGGGCGACCCGGGUCUCAUCGCGACGUUUGAGCAACUUCUCUUUCCCCCGUUUCAGCACGUGCUGCAGCAGGACGUCGUGGAGUUUGCGCCGUACGUGUUCCAGUUGCUGUCGCAGAUGAUCGAGUCGCACCCGAGCGCGCUGCCGGCGAGUUACAUGGGCAUAUUCCCCGCCCUGUUGGUCCCCAUGCUGUGGGACAGGAGCGCGAAUGUCACGCCGCUGGUGCGCCUGCUGGAGGCGUACCUGCGAAAGGCUCCGAACGAGGUUCACGGCGCGGGCCACAUCCAGGGCAUCCUGGGCGUGUUCCAGAAGCUCGUCUCGAGCAGGGCGCAGGACCACCACGGGUUCUUCAUCCUCAACGCGUUCGUCGAGGCGCUGCCGCUCGCGGCGUGGGCGGACAAGCUCCCCGCCGUCUGGGGCAUCCUGUUCCAGCGGCUGCAGUCGAGCAAGACGACCAAGUUCUCCAAGUGCUUCGUCGUCUUCCUCUCGCUCCUCGCCGCCAAGCACGGGGUACCGUCCGUCACCGAGUCCAUGUCCAAGGUGCAGCCCGGUAUCUUCGAGAUGGUGCUCACCGGCGUCGUCGCCGACGCCAUCGCGAACAUCUCGGGCGCCGUCGAGGAGAAGGUUGUCGCCGUCGCGGGUGCCAAGUUUCUGACCGAGUGCCCGGCGGUGAUGGCGCAAGACGCGGCGUGGGCCAAGCUGCUCACCGCCGUGGUGACCAUGAUGGAGCGCCCCGCGGAGCACAAGGGCGAGGAGGACCUGGACGCGGAGGCUGAGGAGGCGGAGGCCAGGGCGGGAUACUCCGCCGCGUACAACGCCCUGAGGCAGGCGCAACGGAAGGAGACCGAUCCCGUGCCGGAUGUCACGGAUCCGAAAGUGAACCUGGCGAGGGCGCUGGCGGGGGCGUCGGCGCAGCAGCCCGGGAGGAUCGGGAGCAUCGUGUCGGGGCAGUGCGCGCCGGAGGUGCAGCAGGCGAUCGCGGGAUACUGCGCUCAGGGUGGGGUGGCCAUCCAGUGA